AUGGCUUUUGGUAAUAUCCAAGAACCAGACGGAGAGAUUCUAAAGAAUGUUUGGGCGAAUUUCAUCAGAAAACCAGAAAAAACCGAUGAAAGACCAGUCCAUGUUCCAGAAGUUUCUAGAACUUGGGAAGCAUUGCCUACCCUUGAUGAUGACGUACCAAAAGAAUCUAAAGAAAGCCUUCCAGGCCUAGAAAUGUCGAUGGAGGCCAAGGAAUGGACAGAGAUUCUUGACGCGAUUGCUUCUUUCCCUAACGAAACCAAUCAUAACACAUUAACCGCUUCCUCUUCUUUGUCUUCUCGUGUUUCUUGCAAAACAAGAAAAUACAGAGGAGUAAGGAGGCGUCCGUGGGGAAAAUUCGCAGCAGAAAUCAGGGAUUCGACGAGAAACGGUGUUAGGGUUUGGCUCGGGACGUUCCAGACUGCAGAAGAAGCAGCCAUGGCUUACGAUAAAGCCGCGGUUAGAAUUAGAGGAAUUCAAAAAGCUCACACAAAUUUUCAACUCGAGACGGUUUUUAAAGCUAUGGAAAUGGAUUACGUCCCAAGUUACUACCCGAUACAACGAUCAAAUACGUCCCAACCGAUCAAAGAGGCCAUUAGGGGUUAUGAUAAAGUCGUUGAUGGGAUGGUUGAAAACCGUUGUGCCCUUAGUUAUUGUUCAACUAAGGAGUACUCGGAGACUUGUGCAUUGCUUGGGAGUGAAGAAACUUGGUUAAGUUCAAGAAAGAGACAAAGAAGUGAUGAAGAUUGUAUGUUUCAAGAAGUUGAGACUGGUGAGAUGAAGAAGAUUGUUACUGGAGACGAGACAAUAUGCGAUGUGUUUGGUUUGUUUGAGUUUGAGGAUUUGGGAAGUGAUUACUUGGAUACGUUAUUAUCUUCUUUUUGA